AUGAACAACAGUCAUACUACUACACUUUAUAUCUUUUCAACUUCGUCUCCCGUGGAAGAAAGCUUUUUUCCACUUUACUUCUAUGUGAUUAUCAUCACUGUAGCUACAAUCAUUUUUUUGGGUGGACUGGUUGGCAAUAUCUUGGUGAUCUACAUUAUAAUGAAAAACAGCAAUGGUAGGAUGCAGUCAACAUUCCACUAUUUAGUAGCAUCACUAUCGUGUUACGAUGUAUUGGUGGUGUUAAUUUCAAUGCCUCAAACUUUGACCUACGAUUUAACGCUAAAAUGGCCAUUUGGACGCACAGCUUGCUAUAUAAAUUUUAAUCUUCCUGUGUUAUUCGCUUGUGGCUCAGUUUUCACCAUGGUAGCUAUAGCUUUAGAUCGUUAUAGGAGUAUAAGAACAAUUUUUACGUUCUUAACUUUCACAAAAUUAAAGAAGCUCAUAGUUAUAUUUAUAAUAUUUUGCCUAUCUUUUCUAUGCAUGUUACCAUGUUGUUUAUAUACUCGUUAUUUGGACGAUACUAAUUUUCCUCAAUGUGGAGUGAUAUUUUCGCCAGAUCCUUUCGUAGCUAACGUCAGUUAUGUUUUAUUUCUAACAAUGAUCGUAUUAAUUAUUCCAUUUAUAACAAUCCUAUUCCUUUAUGGUGGCCUUAUUUAUUCACUUAAUAAAGUUAGACAUCGAAUAUUUGAUUCAACGUUAGCGCAAAAUAUUUAUAACACCGCAGCGAAACAAAGCACCCAAAUGUUAGUUUUAAUCGUCACAACUUUUAUCUUGACCUGGUUACCACUUUUUGCAUGCUUCAUCGUCGCUGCUUUUAGUAAAAUUUCAUCGGAUCAUAUCAAAACGUUUCGUAUGAUCUAUACAACUAGCCAUUUAAUAAGCUACAGCAACAGCAUCAUUAAUCCGAUCGUCUAUGCAAUUUAUAGUAGAACUUUCUUAAAAAAUUAUAACCAUCACUAA